UCAACACGACUUUCGGCUCAGGCCCGUGCAGAUUACACAACCGGUGAAUUGGUUAAUUUGCUCAGUGUGGAUGUGAACCGGAUCAUGGAAUUGUUCAUGUACUCGUACUGCACGUGGAUUGCAUUGGUUCAGUUGAUCCUCUCUUUCUAUCUACUCUGGCAACAAUUGGGUAUGGCCACUCUGAUCGGAAUUGGAUUACUUCUAUUGAUGCUACUGUUGAAUGCUGGAUCAAUGUCGUUCUUACAACGAUUUGAGAUCAUCAAACUGUAUGCAUGGGAGUAUGCAUUCGCUGCACAGGUGACCGAAAUUCGUAAAUCCGAGCUACGUGACCUGCUUCGUAUUAUCAUUUGCUGGGCUUGUGCUCAACUAUUCUGGAACAUGACACCGUUUGUCAUCCUGUUAAGCACAUUUACAGUUUACACCCGGGGUGUACUAUUCCCCCUCUCCACAUCGGUUCCCACGAACGGGAGUGAGGUGAUCCCGAAUCGGCCAAGUUUCCUAAAUGCCGAACGAAUUUUCGUCAGUGUUAGCCUGUUCAAUUUGCUUCGAGAACCUCUAGUCGCAUUGCCGUGGAAUGAGAAUGCCGCUGUUAUCCAAUUCCGAGAUGCCGCAUUCUCGUGGACUGACACCGGUCCGCUGGUAUUGUCCAAGUGA